UAGACACAUGUUUACAGGGAGGAAAGGGAAGAAUGGAGCUGGACCUGGAUUUAAUAUUCUAACCCUGGACAAAGUGAAACUAGUCGAUGAGUGAGACUACUCACUGAACGACGUUACCAUUGCGAAAUGCGGCACUUAAUCAUAUGACGCAUCCCUUGAUACAAGAGAAGGAAGCUGUAAACGCAGCAGAAUGGCAUGCAACAUGUCAGCCAUGCUAAAGUGGUUGAUCAUUUCUUACUGGCUUCAAAGUUCCACUCAAGCUGUUUCCUGACGAAGUCCACUGAUAUCUCUUGGGGCAAAGUGUGACUGUCUCCUCUACGACAUGACAAUGACAAGUGCCCUCCUGCAAAUUUCUUAAAAGUUUGGUAGCCAUUUCCACAUAAUGGCCUCUACAGUGUCACCUGUACCUCGUGCCAUUUUCGCUCCUGCACCGCUACCACCUCUGGACUUUGCCCUGGGCGCUCUGGCCUGUUGUGCAGCCUGUGUCUUCACCAACCCUUUAGAAGUGGUAAAGACACGAUUGCAGCUUCAGGGAGAGCUGCGUGCUCGAGGCACCUACCAGAGGCACUACCGUGGGGUCCUCCAGGCCCUUUGGGUGGUGGGUCGCACAGACGGACUUCGGGGCCUCCAGAAGGGUCUCUCUGUCGGCUUGAUCUACCAGGGUGUGAUGAAUGGCGUGAGGCUGGGUACUUAUUCCUACUGUGAAGCUCUGGGGAUCACAUCAUACCAUGGAGGAAGUGUCCUUUCAGGAGCGGGGGCUGGGGCGCUUGGGGCAUUUAUUGCCUCUCCUGCCUAUUUGGUAAAGACGCAUCUGCAGGCUCAAACAGUAGAAGCGAUAGCAGUGGGACAUCAGCAUAAUCACAUGGGGGUGUCUGAUGCCUUUGCUACCAUUUAUAGAAAAGAGGGUUUAAUUGGACUCUGGAGGGGUGUGAAUGGGGCCGUGCCUCGCGUCAUGGUUGGCUCAGCUGCACAACUAGCAACCUUCACCUCGGCCAAGGAGUGGGUGUCGCAUUCCCAGUGGUUUAGUCCGGGAGCCAGCUGGCUUGUGGCUUUAAUAGCAGCCAGCAUCAGCGGGGUUGCUGUGGCUAUCACCAUGACGCCCUUUGAUGUCAUUAGUACGCGGCUCUACAACCAACCAGUGGAUGAGUUUCACAGGGGUCGCCUCUACAAUGGGUUUUCAGACUGUAUGCUAAAGGUGUGCCAAGCUGAAGGCCUGCUUGGUCUGUACAAAGGCAUGGGCCCAGUGUUUCUGCGCUUGGCUCCUCACACAGUUCUCAGCAUGCUCUUCUGGGAUCUGAUGAGGCAACACGCUGUGAAAAACAUGCAGAGCCAAGAGCAGGGGUGAAUCCAGUCAAAUGAAUGCAGCCAAUUUUGCAACAUUGUGCAAACUAUGAACUUUGAACUCCGCGCAACUGUCCCAGGGAGGUUGGUAAGAAGGAUUAACAAAGAACUACUUGACCAACUAUGAACAUGUGCUGCUCAGACAAAAACUGCUGUCAAACGCUUAGAUUGUCAUGUUGUGUUGUGGCAGCUGUAAAUGAUAAUAAGUGAGUAGUAUUGCAGUUACAGUUUAAUCUAUCUCUUCGGGCUAGGAGAGAUACAAGAUGGUAUCAAUUGACUUAACUAAUUCACUGCCAUUGACAGAAGUUGUUCAGGUUUUUAAGUGCUGAUAUACCAAUCUUACUAUGUGGUAAUUGUAAAAACAGUUCAUUUUUAGAGCAGAUCUGGUUCCUCUAACAGCGUCAAUGUCAGCCAGUGAGUUAAAUAGGAAGAUGACAGCUUUAUCAUGUCCAUCCCAGUGGAAAGAAUCUUGUUGAAUACAUUGAAAAAUCGCAGCAUUUCAUUUUGCUGACAUGUAAUAGUGUAGAAAAACAAAAGUCAGUAUUUUCAGGAAAUGGCCGCCAACAUGGGGGCAGAAGUUUAAUCAAUUAACUAUUUUUGCCAAUCAAAUGUGAAUUAAAAUACCUGUCCUUCUUCGUGAAGUCGUCAAUACACAUUAUCGUGAGCACCUGUGUUCAAGUCUAUCAGUCUGUAAAUUAACAUCACAAAAUGGCUGUGCCCGUAAGCGGUGUCAUUUUUUAAACGAAUAACGAAAAAUAAUACAAUUAAUAAUAAUUUUCUCAUGAUCAAAGGUCUAAGAAAUUUGUAAUCAUAAAUACUGCUAUUGGAGCUAGAGUUGUCCGGCAUUAUUGGUAGGCGAUAAUAUUGGCCAAUAAAAGCAUUUUAAAAUGAUAUUGGAUAAUAUCAACAUCGGUUUUUCCAAAUAGCGGUUUUGGGCCAAUAUGCAUGUUGCCUUCAAAGUGAAUGUAGAAGUCUUCUGCCUUUGUACAAGGGCUGGUCACAGCUUGGCACCGCAGUUAUGGUUAUUUACUAUUAGAUAUCUCCAAACUAAGAUUUGUUAUGAGAGCAAAGUGAUUUUAGCAAUAAGCAUAGUGGUGCAAUAUAGGAACUUUUUCCCAUAACUUCAGUUGUUUUCUUAUUUUUCACAAAAUGUUUAUUUGGAAAACCUUGAAGUCAGAUUUAUCAUUAUUAAAGCAUCCUGUGGGGCUUGACAAUACAAUUAGCCAUAAUACAUUAUGUUCAGUCCACUACUGCAUGUUUGAUAUCGGUAUCCAAUUUUUGGAGUUUGACAAUAUCGGGAUAUCAGUUAUUGGUUAAAAAGUCAUUAUCGGACAACUCUACUUGGAGCAACUUUUUUUUUCGUGAAGGUAAUUUACACUCACCGGCCACUUUAUUAGGUACACCAUGCUAGUAACGGGUUGGACCCCCUUUUGCCUUCAGAACUGCCUCAAUUCUUCGUGGCAUAGAUUCAACAAGGUGCUGGAAGCAUUCCUCAGAGUUUGGUCCAUAUUGACAUGAUGGCAUCACAGUUGGUGCAGAUUUGUCGGCUGCACAUCCAUGAUGCGAAUCUCCCGCUCCACCGCAUCCCAAAGAUGCUCUAUUGGAUUGGAAUCUGGUGACUGUGGAGGCCAUUUGAGUACAGUGAACUCAUUGUCAUGUUCAAGAAACCAGUCUGAGAUGAUUCCAGCUUUACGAAGUGGCACAUUAUCCUGCUGAAAGUAGCCAUCAGAAGUUGGGUACAUUGUGGUCAUAAAGGGAUGGACAUGGUCAGCAACAAUACUCAGGUAGGCUGUGGCUAUUGUCCAAUUUCGAUGACCUUGUGCAAAUUGUAGCCUCAGUUUCCUGUUCUUAGCUGAAAGGAGUGGCACCCGGCGUGGUAUUCUGCUGCUGUAGCCCAUCUGCCUCAAAGUUCGACGUACUGUGCGAGAUGCUCUUCUGCCUACCUUGGUUGUAACGGGUGGUUAUUUGAGUCACUGUUGCCUUUCUAUCAGCUCGAACCAGUCUGGCCAUUCUCCUCUGACCUCUGGCAUCAACAAGGCAUUUCCGCCCACAGAACUGCCGCUCACUGGAUAUUUUUUCUUUUCCGGACGAUUCUCUGUAAACCCUAGAGAUGGUUGUGCGUGAAAAUCCCAGUAGAUCAGCAGUUUCUGAAAUACUUAGACCAGCCCUUCUGGCACCAACAACCAUGCCAUGUUCAAAGUCACUCAAAUCACCUUUCUUCCCCGUACUGAUGCUUGGUUUGAACAGCAGGAGAUUGUCUUAAACCAUGUCUACAUGCCUAAAUGCACUGAGUUGCCGCCAUGUGAUUGGCUGAUUAGAAAUAAAGUGUUAACGAACAGUUGGACAGGUGUACCUAAUAAAGUGGCCGGUGAGCAUAUACUAGGCAUUGUCUUUCCCUUUAAAGACCUUUAUAGUGAUGUGUAGGCCUAGGAAAGAAAAAAUUGCAUCUAUUUUUCCAGUUUGUAGAGCUCUUCUCUGAUUAAGUCAUAGACUUCAUAAUAUAUCGACGGGACGCAGGGCACGGGGCCGAUUAAUAGGGGGCCUAUCUCCGUCAAAGAUGACCGCGUGGAAACACAAAGAGCUUUUUACAUUGAAAAUUCUUGUGAAUAAAUGCUUAAAUCCCUGAAUUCUUGAUAGAUAUGGACGUAAAACAGUCUCGAUUCUUGGUUAAAAGCAAAAAAACAGGCAGUUUGCAUUUAUUUUACGUAAAUAUGUAGAAUGUGCUGCUAGUCUUUAAGCCACUGUGGCGCUGCCUUAUCACCACAAAAAGCUUUUUACGUUGAAAAUUCUUGUGAAUAAACGCUUAAAUCUCUGAAUUCUUUAUAGACAUGGACGUGAAACAGUCUCGAUUUUUGUCAAAAGCGCAAAGGACCGGGAAGUUAGCAUUUAUUUUACGUAAAUAUGUCGAAUGUGCUGCUAGUCUUUAAGCCACUGUGGUGCCGCCUUAUCACCACACCUUAUCAAAGAGCUGUACUCGACAGUUACAAUUUAUUCUACGUAAAUAUUGUGAAUAAUGACGCCAAUGCCGUAGCGGUUAAUUUCUCCCAUUAAUUUUUUUUUACAACGUUUCAAAAUGCAUGCAUGGCACGAAAAAUAUAAUUAUUACUUUGAAUCUUCGAACAAAUCCCUCCUGAGACAAUUCUUCCUGUUUGUAUGCUGUACAGCUUUCGUUCUUUUUCUACCUAAAUUCGGCUUUGGAUCGCUGCAUGUGUUUGAGAAUAACUGCGACCGACUUCGACCAACUGAAGGGGAGUGUGGGACGGCCCCCUACUUGAAGGCAUGGCGCAGUGUCUGAGGAAUGUGUCCUGUCAAUAUCAUUAUGAAGUCUAUGGAUUUAGUUUUGCUGGGCGUGGUUUCAUACCCAGCUGAAGAGAAGGCGAUGAUUUAUUUUUUAUCAUUUAAAUUUUGCUGAGUUGCUAACAACGGUGGUGUGAACUUUACAAGAAAUAUCACUUAUAAAUGGACUUUUAAAAGGUGUUGUUAAUAGAUAAUAUUCUUGGGAGGCAAAGAUUUAAAACAGGUUCUUAGUAACCCUACAUGAUUAAAAUCAAGUGUCAUAUUUAUCAGUUACUGUAAUCAACUAUAAAUUUUAAACACUGGAUUUGUAUGAGAUGUGAUGUGAGAGUGUGAAUAUUUUUGGAAUUUGACUUUUUUUAAGUUACAAAAAAUGUGUCCAGAUUUUAAAUGUGUAUUUUAUUUCUAAAGCACACUGAGAGAAUGUUUAAGUUAAUAGUCUUGUGUGUGAUUUCUGUAUUAACAGACUUUUUACAUGUGCUAGUUUCAGGUUUCCAUGUAAUUCCAUGACCAUGCUUUUUUUUUUAAACAUGAAUAAAUCAAUUAUACAUA